AAAUAUCGAACGAGAAUACAUAGUUGAAAGAUAAAGAUAGAAAAAUAUGUUUACAACCAUGAUCUUCAUCUUUGCGUUAAAUGCUCUGUGGAUCGUGUGUCAAGCAGUGCCAUUGCUUGAUUUAAGGAACACAUUGGAACAAAAUGUCUUAGAUGCUAUGGUCACCUCUGCCUGUUCCUCGAAUGGAGAUUGUUGGGAAUGGCUGCCAGUGCAAGAAGCACACGAAAAUGUUCCAACUAUAUCAAAGAAUUUACCCAUAUCAAAAAUACAUAGUCGACGACAAGCUGAAAGUAUAGAUCCAAAUACAGUGAUAGACACGUGGGGUAAUAAUUCUCCGCCAUUAAAUAGGAAGGUUCAUCAGUCAACACUGACUGCUAAACAAAUUGGAAAUAGAAUGUCAAAGAAGGAUGUCGUUAUGUCUCGUAGUUGGGGUGCCGGUGGCAUGCCAUUUUCUGUUCUUUAUAUGAACCUACAUGGUUCUCGUGGAAACCAAGCCAGUACUGCUCAGCAACAAGAAGUAGGAAAAGCUGAAAGUUCAACACCGCCUAUAAUGCUCCCUAAUCCUCGCAUUGUAUUACGUAACGGAAGUUCUACACAAACAAGAAGACAAUAUUCAAUAAUACCGCAGCUUUUUAUAUCGUAUGGAUGGGGUCCAUUUGGAAAAUGA